AUGGCCAAGCUACAUGAAUCAGUAGGUAAUAUCAAAGAAUUUUCUGAUGCACUUCAAGCUAAGACAUCUUCUGAUAUAUCCACAGAUAUCUCUGAAAUAGUAUCUACUCUAGCCAUUACUGAUAUGUCACAAAACCUCUUUAAUUCAAUAAUAGAUCAACCAGAAUGUUUAGUUGCUUCGAUAUCAAUAUCUACUAAUAUAUCUCUACUCUCUAAGAUCGUAUACGUAGAACCUGUAGAUGAUAAAGCAGAAUCUUCAUCUAAGAUCAUUGAUUCAUUAUUAGUCAGAGAUAUCUAUUUAUGUAAAAAUCUAGCAAGAAGGAAAUAUUGCAUCCUUCAUGCAUUCAAAAUUCGAAAAGAUAUAAUAAUUCUCCAACUAUAUAAAGGAUGUGGGCAAGAAACUAAAUUGAGUGUUCAGCUUUGUGUACUAUGUAGACAAGGUAGAGAAAGAGCAUAUAGAUAUUAUGUGUUAAAGAUAUGA